GGACGAAAGAGUGGCGGGCAUCGAAAGCACAGCGACGGAGGCUACAGCGACACCUCCAGUGCUGGGUCCUUCCCGGACGAGACGGACCGUGAGGUCAGCAGUCUGACAGAUCGAGCAUUCAGGAGUCUCUGCAUCGGAGAUGAGGCCGUUUAUAACGACUCAGACCUGGGUGCAUCUUCACCCUGCACCCAGAGAGACAGACAGCUGGCCUUUAGCCAGAGUGCUCAGGACAGAGACGGAGAGAGGGAGGAACUUAAGAGAACUGCACAUGAGAGCUUCAGCCUCAGGAUGCAGCAGUAUGAACAGAACUGGAUCCACGGAGGGAUGUAUGGGGCUGAGAUCCAAAGAGAUCCACAGUGGGAGGAUUAUGGGGAAAGGACACAAGGGAGAGUUUCUGCCACAUUCCAGCAGUCCUUUGUGGAAACCUCUCAACAGGAGGCACCUCUAAGAGGAGAACAGCUGUCCUUUCUCAGCAACGGCGCUACUGAGGUGAGUUCACAGCAACGAAGAAGCCGCUCCAGAGUCUCCUCUCUGAUCAGAGCUUUUAACUCUGAGGGACAGAGGGAUGGAGCCGGGAUGGACGGUAAACUCAGAGAGUUGAAUGAUGACACCAGCUGGGACAAAUCUGCUCUCAUGAGUAUACAAAGGGAACUUUCUGAAUUCUCCACAUCAUAUCAGGACAACUUUAACAGCGGCCAUUUCUCCUCAGCUGGUCCAUUCUCCUCCCGGGACGCUGGCUUCUACUCCUCUGAAGUAGCAGCAAUGAGUCACAUAAAUUCUGGACCCUCUUUUAUGAGAUCUUCCCACAGUAAACACAGCAUGUCCACACAGGUCAACUGUAACUCUAACUUCUUUAUACACAGUGAGUUCAGUCCAUUCAAAGUGUGGCGGGAUCAUAACAGGUUUCCCUUCCAGCAAGGAGAAGUCUCAGGGUUUAUGCGCUAUCCAGACUUCCCCAAGUGGUACGAGACACCAAUGUACAAGGAGCUUUCGCUGGAGAGCCAACCACAGGUUCCAUACAGGUUUGAGGAGAGGGGAAUGAGAAACCUGAGGAAUAACUGGGCACCGGUAGUGCCUCCCUCUCCUCCGCGCGCCACCUCGACAUCCACAAUGCUGCACAGAGCGUCCGCAGUGGAGAAACGGUGCGACUCGGAGUUAGCGGGUCAUUACACCUACAGGAAGCGGGCGCAAAGCCUCGGGACAAACAGGCUUCAACCCCAACGCCCAUCGACGGCAUCGCCAACCAUUGAGAUGUCUCGACGCGUCCAGGACACCAUCAGCUCUGUCAAAGCCCUCCAGCAAAAAAUCAAAAUGAUGACAGAGCAAAAUAUCUCUACAGAGAUGACAAUGCAUAAACAAGGAGUGUCUUAUAGCAAUGAUUAUCGUAUUCCCUAUGGAAACGAUGCAAAAUCAGUGGCACCAAAUGUCGUCAGCAGUAACACAAGCACAACUCCCUUCAACAUCAGCCAGCUGCUCACACCUGUAGUUCAUGCACAUCAAGAAUCAGAGACGUCAGAGGUCCGGCAGAGCGCGGUUUCCCCUCAACUUGUGGAACAUCCCCCAGUGCGAGCCGAAAGCAGGGGAGCCACUCCUGAUAUUAGGAUGUCGAGCUACAAAUCCAGAGCAACAAGCCUUCUCUUUAAUCUCAAAGACAACAGGAAAAGAGUUAAAAGCACUUACAGUCCCACCAAAUUCAAGGGCUUGGAGACACAGGACAAAAACAAACAGCCUUUAAUCCAGGAGCCAAGAGACACUGUGAUAGAUAUCCCGGAUUUCCCAGAUGCAGAAUAUCCUCAGGUAGAGGAAUCCGGCUGGACAAAUGCAGUCUCACACAAUUAUGCAAACCAGUAUUUUAGCCCUGGAUCGUCCUUUGCAACUAAUUAUGAGCCUGCGGCCGCAAAUACAGGCCAAUAUUCAGAAUACACUUCAAGUGAUUACCAGACAGCUCAGAUGCAAGAGAGAGCUCAGACGAAGCAGGAGAUUCUGACUUCAAAGAUAAAAGCUCACGCUGAAAAAGAGAUUUCUGCGAUCAAAGAGAAGGGGUUUGCUAAAAGAGAUGGAAUUAUAUCCAAAACUUCUACCAAGCAAUUAGGAGGUAAUCAGUUUAUAAAUGCUCGACAGAAACCACCAUCACAGGACGCUCCUAAAAAGCAUGACAGCACAAUUUCCAGUAAUGCAACACUAAAGCACCAUAUGGAGCCCCAAGGAACAAAGAUGGUACCAGCCAAGUCUGCUUUACCUUCCAGCUCUGCUACAAUCCCAGUUAAGUCUGCAGCAACAACCAGUCAGUCUCUGGACCAAUCGCAGAAAGUUCUCAAAGAACCAAUGAAUGGAGACGUGCCAAAACCACCCACAGAAUCAAAACUGACCACGAGAACCGACAACGGCUUGGUAGAACAUCAAAAUAAAGAGAAUCGCUCUCCAAUACAUAGUAAAGAACAACCACCUAAAACCAAGCAAUUAAAGCAGGAAUCAGAUCUUGAAGAAAACUCUGGGAACAAGACUGAUGGACCUAAAGACAAUCUUAUUUUAGACACUGUCAAUCUCAUCAAGGAGAAAGAAGCUAGACCUGUCGUUGAAGUCAAAAGUUCAAAAGCUAUAACCACAGAAAAGGCUGAGAGUACACACGAAGCAGUUCUUGAGGAUUCAUCACUUAAUAUUGUCUUUGGUCAAAUUAAGACUCCUGUGGCUGAUGACAGCUUGCAGAUCAGAGGAAUAAUGGUAACUGUGCGAGAAAGAAAACCAUCCUUAAGCGAUGUUGAGAUUAAUUCUCCUAACACUCCCGACCAAAUUAACGCAAAAGAAAGCAGGAAUUCAGAGUUAAAGGAAGGAAAUCUAAGCUCAGAUCCAGAGACAAGCAAAGGUAAUACAUCUUUAAAUACCAAAGUAGAGAGUAAGGACAAAGUUAUUCAAGGCACUCAUCCUACAAUGAUAGAUGAUAAGACUAAAGUAGGAAUGAAAAUUCAUCCUGAAAACAUCCAAGGAGCUUCAACCCGAGAGACAAAACAGAACAAUAUGUUUGAAACGGUCACUCUACAGCAGGAGAGUUCCUACGCAGAUGCAAGUCCCCAAAGGGAAACACAACUCCAAGAACCAGCGCGUGAAAAAGUCUCGCCUUCCAAUGUCACUGUACCUGCUAAAAAUAAAACACUGGCAGAAACUCAAUCCCUUCUCUACAACCAAGACAUAAUACCCGGAGAAACUAAAGACUUCACAAAUGUAACGCCAAUAGAGAACCGUUCAAAGAGUAUAGGAACAGAUGAAGUAAAGGUUAAUGUUCACGAGAAAAAUCCACCAAAAAGCCAAACAACACAUGCCAAUGAUUCCAACGUGGUGGCCAAGCAAAUCAACCAAAUGAAUGAUUGUAAAAGAGAUGGUGCUGAAUCUUUGAUAAAGCAGAACAUCAAGCCUUUAGUGAAAGAAGAUAUGUCCACUGUCAUAAAUCCAUCCAACAGCAGGGACACAGAUGGAAAGAGUGCACCCCUAUUGGACGAAAAGAAACAUCACUCAACACCACCAAAGCCUCUCAGUAAAACUAGUGCAUCUCACAAUUUAACUGACAACGAGAACAGACAAGUAGAAAAUAAUCAAGUGGAUGAUAGUGUGCAUAUAGACAGCAUUGCCAUCAGAGUUGUGUCAGCGGUAACUGAGGACAACAUAACCAAAGGAGAAAAACAUGUCACAGCUGUUGCUUCAGAUGAAGCUACAGCUAAUGACCAAGUUGCAUCAUCUUCUGUUGAAGGAAAAUUAAAAAAGGACAACAGAACCAAAGACACCAUUGCAGCCAGCAGUGAAAAUCAGUUUGAAAUAAAUUUGGAAGAUAAUUUACUGGUACAAAGCGUGCUGUCCAGUGUGAGAAAACUGUCUGACUCACUGAAAAACAACAAUCAACAGGAGAGCAUUAACGCAACGAGUCAGAAUGUUCAAGAUGAAACUGGAGAGCAUGAAAGCAUUAAUGCCAGCGGGAAUUCAGUGGACGAAUCAAAAACACAUCCAACAGAGGAAGAUUACUUUCAAGUGCAAGGGACAGCAGAAACUAAUCAUAAACCACACAGGAAAGCAAAUGUUGCAGAUUCUUCAGAUGCUGUUUCAAAGGGAAGGGAUCUUCCAGGAUUACAGUCAAAGAAGGGACUUUUUAGCAAAGAAUCAGACAAUGAAAGAAAAAAUGAAGUCUUUAUGUUGGAUCAAAGUCUAAGAAAAACAGCAGAAUCAAGGUCAGUAAACAUUCAAGAAGAGAACGCGAAAAGGAACAACGGAGAAACAGAAGAUAAACUGGCCUCCAAACAGAGUGAUGGUCCCACAGAAAGACCUGGUUCUAAAAAUGAGAAGUCCCAGGUGGGUCAAGCUGUUCAUAUCAGAAAACAGCAAACAGAGAGCAAGUCCACUUUAUCCUUAAGAGAAAGACAGAGCCUAAGAAAUUCAAACCCAACAAGGGAAUCAGGUGGAGAAAAACCUGAGGUUAAACCAACACCUAAACCUAGAGCAUCCACAAUACCGGAGAUAUCCGCACUUGCAGACUAUGCCAGGUUAAAAGUGAUUGUUUCAGAAGACCGGGACGACACAAUCCAGGAAUUCCCUCCCAAUAAAAAGGAAGGAUUCUUUCCACUUAUACAGAGUCGUCAUAGCAGACGCCCAGUGUUCACUGCUGACCCACAAGACUUCCCCGUGAAAGAGAAAACUUUGCCAAAUAAAACAGAGGUCAGCUCCAAAGUGAACAAAGAGCCCAAACCCUUGGUGUUUCCCAUUACAGAGAAGGAACAUCAAAGGACAGGGAUGUUUAAACUAGGAGACAAAGAAAGACAAGAAAAACUGCUUUUAGAUGCCAAAGCCAAUGAAGAUACUCAAGUUAAAAAUGCACAACACAUCCAAGGAAGGAUAAAGUCACCAACAAGUCAUGUAAAGAAAGAAAGGAUUGAAGAAGCACCUUUAACUGAUAUGCAAAGAGCUCAUCAAACAGAUGAGAGGACUCAGUCAAACAAUCCUCCCUUGCAAGCACCAGCCUCAUCUUCUGCUCUCAAUAGACCAAGGCAAAGAAACACAUCUGUGACACAACAAAUGAAGCCAAGUGAUAACACCAAUCCAAAUGAAAAACUUCAAGAAUUUUCCCCAACAGCUGAAAGAAUACCAUGUUUGGAUAAAAACCCGCACCCGAAACCCACUUUGGUGCAAGGUAACAACAUGGAGGAUAGCACAAGAACUUCAAGAAAAACUCAGAAGAUUGAAAAUGCUAAGACGGACAGUUUAGAAAAACCUACACCUCCGCAUGAAGACACCAAGCCAAAACAGCAGAACAGAGCAAAACAGUCGGAGGUCAAACACACUUCUAGGACAGACGACACAGAAGACGUGAAAAUAAAACACAUAAUUGCAGAAAGUAGAGCUUCUCUGGCUGAAGAAGAGAGGAAAGCUGCUAAGAGAGAAGAGGAGAGGAGAACAAGGGAGCGGGAGGCCAUUGCUAACAGGAUCAAGGAGAGACGGGAAAAACAACGAGAAGCAGACAGACGGGAAGAGGAAGAAAGAAAAGGAAAACACACUGAAGGAAGCAGAGCUGCCCAAAAAGAGAAGAUGAGAGCAAAUCAAAGACAAGAAGAAAAACUAGUGAAAGAAAUUGAGGAGAUAAGGGAAUUGAUAGCAGAGGAACAGCAAGGAAAACACAGAGAGCAGCAGAGGCUAGCUUCUCAAGAGGUCCCGCGUAGAAGAGCUGCUAGCAAUGAGCGGCAAAGAAGAGCUGCACAAGAGGAGCAGCAGACGAGAGCUGCAAAAGAGGAGCUGCACAGGAAAAGAGCUGCCGAAGAGGAGCAGAAGAGGAGAGCUGCACAAGAGGAACAACAGAGGAGAGCUGUUGAAGUCGAGCAGCAAAGGAAGGCUGCUCAAGAGGAACAGCAGAGGAGAGACGCACAUGAGGAGCAGCAGAGAAGAGCUGCACAAAAAGAGCAGGAGAGGAAAGCAGCUCUGGAAGAAGAGCAGAAAAGAGCUGUUCAAGAGGAGCUGAAGAACAGAGCAGCACAAGAGGAACAACAGAGGAGAGCUGCACAAAAAGAGCAGGAAAGGAAAGCAGCUCUAGAAGAAGAGCAGAAAAGAGCUGCUCAACAGGAGCAGCAAAUGAGAGCUGCACAUGAGGAGCAGCAGAGAAGAGCUUUUCAAGAGGGGCAGCAAAGGAAAAGAGCUGCUGAAGAGGAGAAGCAGAGGAUAGUUGCACAAAAAGAGCAGGAGAGGAUCGCUGCUCUAGAAGAACAGCAGAAAAGAGCUGCUCUGGAGGCGCAACAGACGAGAGCUGCUCUAGAGGAACAGCAAAGAAGAGCUGCACAAGAGGAACAGCAGAGGAUAGCUGCUCUAGAGGAACAGCAGAGAAGAGCUGCACAAGAGGAACAGCAGAGGAUAGCUGCUCUAGAGGAACAGCAGAGAAGAACUGCACAUGAGGAGCAGCAGAGGAUAGCUGCUCUAGAGGAACAGCAGAGGAGAGCUGCACAUGAGGAGCAGCAGAGGAUGGCUGCUCUAGAGGAACAGCAAAGAAGAGCUGCACAUGAGGAACAGCAGUGGAGAGCUUCUCUGAUUGAGGAGCAAAGGCUGGCCAGACAGACUGAGGAGAAAAUACUCACUGACAUUGAGGAGAGAAAGAAAAUAAAUCAGAGAGAUCAGGAGCAACCUGCAGACAUUUCAGAACAGAAAAGGUUCAAUCUGAUUCAGGAGCAAAGGAAAACCGAGCAGCACACCGAAGAGCAGCGGGAAGGAAGACAGAAAAAAGAAGAGAGGGCCAGAGUUCUUGAGAAGAGCCAAGCGGCACCGAACGAUGAGAAGAGAGGGGCACAAGAACGGAUGCUAGAUCAAAAAGAGGGACGCGAAAGAGACAAAGCGGCUCAGAGGAUGGAGGCUCUCCAAUACUAUGCCAUCACCUCAACAGACUCGGAGAGGAAGCCAAAAGAGAGGCAGAUAUACUCCCCUUUACCUCCCCAACAGAAAAACAAUCCUGUCGGGCCGGAAUCAUCUGAAGACUCAGGAUCCCAUUCUAGAUCUUAUAGGCCACAUGCCCCUGCAUCUCCAGCUCCAUCUCUUCCCCGUUCCAACACCUCCUCUCCUGCUCUGGGAGCCAAGCCCUCGAUGUUCCGGGUGAAAGAUAACAGUUUCAGAGGUUCUUCUUUCACCAAGUCAGUCAAACCACGCUUCCAUAAAAGCUUCGGAGAGGAUUACCGAGUGGGUUCCCCUAUGGAGAGGGAGAGACGAGAGGACGAGCAAGACAUAUUAAGAUGGAGUGCUGGAACUCCUGUCCACCCUGACAGACUUGCCGCAAUCAGAGAACUCUCAUCUUUUCCACCAACAUCUUCGUCACAGGACUACUCAGUCCCCCUCCCUCAACACAGGCCUUACUCCAGGAGGAGCAUCGCUCUGGAUGAAGACGACUCCCGCUCUGUCGUCAGCAACAUGUCCGAGGGUGUUGAGAGUUUUGCCACCAGUGCAGCAGACCUGUCGGAUAUAAGAAGCUCGUACUAUGACGAGAGACCCGAAUCCGCCUGUAGCUUCAGCAGCGAUGUGUCUCGUUCUAUGGGCAAGCCUCCAACUGUCCCCCCGAAGAGUGAGAAAGCCUUGCGCAGGGCGAAAAGGUUGACUUCUCGAAGAAUCAACAAGGAAAAGCCCAAAGCCGGAGCAGACGGCCCUGCUGGGGUUGAGAAACCUCUUCAAGACGUGUCCGGUAUUCCUUCCUCCUCCUCCACUGAGGUAUGCUCCUCAAACCGCCAUGCUGUGGCUUCCCCUCAUUUUACCCCACCUCUCUCCCUCGCUCUUGCUCCAGCCCUGGGGUCGAGCUUGCCUUCUUCCAGCACUGAGCACCAAUCGUCUCACAGCUCUUUCCAUGCUUCCCCUCACGCCACUGCUCCUGUCUCCCUCCCAGUCGCCUCACCUCAUGCUACUGCACCCGUUUCCCUUCCCAUCGUCUCCACUCAUGCUACUGGCCCCGCUUCCCACACUGCUGCACCAAAGACAGUUGCUCAUAUUCCCUCUUCUCCCACUCUCCAUCAUGCAAACCGCCCAGCUACAGUGACACAGUACCAUGUAGAGUCAAGCUAUCCCCAGUCCUACCCACUGACCCAGCGUAAGGUGCUGCAAGACCUCGGCUCCGGCCAGUACUUUGUAGUGGACGUGCCUGUUCAAGUGAAAACAAAGACUUUCAUCGACCCAGAGACAGGAAAGUAUGUUCAGCUGAAUGUGCGGGAGUCUGCUCAGAGUAACCCCCGACCCCAGCCAAAGCUCCAGCCUCAGCCGCAGCAAACAUACCUACAGCCUCAGCUUCAACCCCAAAUGCAGGUCAAGCCACAGCAGCAGCAGCAGCAGCCCCUCUCCCAGCCCUCUCCAGCUGGCAAGCCUGCUGUGUUUUAUGAAGGCUACCAAGGCUACCAACCUGCAGCUAACAAAUUCGUUCCCCACAACAGGUCCUCAGCCCCUGGAACUCCCUACCAGGACCAACAGCCCGUGAGGGAGGGACGCAUCUACGGAUAUCAAGCCCCUGAAAUUAUAGCGAACUCUGAAGGGCCUCGCUAUAGCCCAGAGAAGACUCCGUACAUGGACACAGUUAAUGAUUCAGGCAAAACACAUAACACAGUUUACAACACACAUGGCCCAUAUGAGUCGUUCCCAGAGUGCGACACAAACAGCCAGCUUGCAGGAAGCCAAGUUCGUGAAAAUGAUAACUCAGCCCACUCGCGGUAUCAGCCCCAAGAAAUAAUCGCCAUAAGUGAACUAGAGGACUUUAUGGAGGUGUCUGACUGGUGAGGAAAACUGGCACAGAAAUUGUGCCUCAAAAAAGGUUGAUAAUGUAAAGAUGACAGAUAGGACAGAGUAUUUAACAAAACAAAAAAAAAGCACAGUUUGAAUGGAUCAUUAAAUGCAGUUUUAAGUGUUUGUAAAUUACUUUUACAAGUGGAAACAGUUUCAGAAUGUUUUUUGGUUUUCAGUUUUGAAGUUAAAUUUCUGCUGAUAAUUGUGGAUUAACUGUUUAGCUAUUUAUUGUGUUACAAAGAAGUCACCAUUCCAUUUGACUUUUGAAUGUGCUAAGCUAUUUUUGAUGUGUAUACAGUAAGAUACAGUCUCCCAUUGUCUGCUAAACCUGGAUUCAUGUUGUCAUAAAUAAACCAGAAACUGUAUGUCUAUACCUUUUGGUAGUUUGAAAAAAAAAAAAUGCUUUGAACAUUAAAAGAGCUGCUUCAGUUUUCAUGAUUUAUCUCUUGUUGAAAAAUGUGGAUUUUAAUGAUGCAUAUACUACUAAAAACCCAGAGUGCCAAUCAAAGAUCUGCAGUUUGUGGAAAGCAAAGCUUGUGUAUUCAACCACUGUGUCAAUAUUCAAACAUGUUGAUAAGAUUAAUACGGAUUUUAAGGUUUAGUUUCAAAUGGUAGUCCAUUUGGAAGGAAGCUUGUCACUGUGUUGCUGUGAAGAUUUCAGGCAGUAAAAUCACACUUCAUUAAACCCAAUCAUUCUUUGGCAUAAUGAAAGUCUUUCAAAAUCACCUUGUAAAAAUGAUAAAUAAAAAAAGGAAAUGUGAAACAU